AGGCGCACAACUUCCGAAAAAAAACUGACAAGGUGGUUUUUCUUGGUGCCUUAAUAAGGGCUCUAUUAUUUAAAUUCAUUCUUGGGGAGGAAAAAUUUUCAUUGAACCGAAAACAGAUACGAAUUUCUCUUUAACGUUUAACUUUUACUGAAUACUAUCGAACGUCAAAUGUGUUCUCGUUGUUAAAGUUCCAAAUUGAAAACGGUGUUUUGUUUAUUUUAAAACCAGUUUACCCUUUUCCAUAUUUUACCUUAUCGUAUAUAUUGACACAUACUAUUAUCGACAAAAACCUUGGCUGACCAACGGUUAUUUAACAUAAUACUGACGAUCAUAAACCAAAAAUUUAUCCAAUAGAAACAGUCCAACAAUUCUGACAAAAUGUAUCCAUCCCAAUCAAUCAAUGGUCUCAGUAACACUAAUAAUAGUAACAACGAAAAGAAAUUUUUCAUCCUAAGCAACAAUAGUCAAUCAUCUCCAUUAUCAUCAUCAACAACAGCAUUGCUUACCAAUCCAAACGGGAAGAAAACACAGAUUCUUUCCAAUAAAACGAACGGUAUCAAAUAUCCUAAAUCACCAUCAUCACAAAUGAAACGAAAAAAACAAGAUUCAAAAACGGGUAAAGGUCUUCGUCAUUUCUCUAUGAAGGUCUGCGAAAAAGUUCGCAAUAAAGGAACGACCACUUAUAAUGAAGUUGCUGAUGAAUUGGUAGCCGAAUUCAGUGAUGAUCCAAUCGCUAGUCGUGCAUCAUUUCAAACGGGCAAUGAUCAGGAACCAUUCGAUCAGAAGAAUAUACGCCGUCGUGUUUACGAUGCCCUUAACGUAUUGAUGGCCAUUAAUAUCAUAUCGAAAGAGAAGAAAGAAAUCAAAUGGAUUGGCUUGCCAACUAACGCCGUUCAGGAAUGCUCAGAAUUGGAAAAGGAACGUGCUCAACGUCAACAGCGAAUCAAAGAGAAAAAGGAUCAAUUACGUGAAUUAUUGAUCCAGCAGAUUGCACUCAAAAAUCUGGCUGAUCGUAAUCAAAUGGAUGAGAAUCCUGAUCCAAAUUCUAUAAUAAAACUUCCUUUCAUCAUUGUUAAUACGGAUAAAAAUACCUUAAUCGAUUGUUCAAUAUCACGUGAUAAGUCAGAAUAUCUAUUCAAUUUUGGUAGCACAUUUGAGAUUCACGAUGACUUUGAAGUAUUAAAACGAAUGGGUCUUGCUUAUCAUCUGGAAAAAUUGGAAUAUGGACAAACGAUGAAACGUUGUGAUUAUGAACGUGCACGACAAUUUCUUCCGGAAGCUUUACGGACCGAAUUGGACGAAAUGAUUGAAGAGAAUCAUGUAAAGAUUAAUUGAAAUAAAGUUUUAUCAAUCAAUCAAUGAUGAAAAUUUUAAAUAAAAUUCCUAUGAACAUUUUUCUUUAUUAGAUCAA